AUGGUUUCUGCAAACUACUUAAAGAAAGCUCAAGCAUUUAUUGACUCAAACAAAUACUUUAUGAUCUCAAAAUCAUGGUGUCCAGAUUGUGUUUAUGCUGAAAACAUUUGGAAAAAAUAUGGUGUCUCAUCAAAAGUUGAAAUUCUUGAAUUGGACAAAUUAGCUGAUCAAAAAGAAGCUUUAGAAUUAGAAAAAGCAUUCACUGAAAUUGCAGGUAGAAAAUGGGUUCCAACUAUUUGGUUCAAUGGUUCAAGAUUUGGUACUGAACAAGAUUUGAAAAGAUUAGAAAGUGAAGAUGCUACUGAAAAGGAAUUUAAAAAUGCUGGAUUGUUAUAA